UAUGAAUGCGGAAAAUUUGUCUGUGUGUUUAUGAAUAUUAUGCCGAUCAAUGGAACGAGGAAUAGUUAUGUGAGUGGCUACGCGGCAAUCACAACAUACGUACUCUGUAGAAAACCCCGCUUGACUCCUUGCCAGACUCGAUAAAUUGGCCCGCAGCGCUUUGCGGUCGCAGAGAAUACCGCAAAUCAACCGCCCGUUGGACCUGAGAUUCAUUUCAAGCGCAAGCACAGCAGAUCUGGGUCAGAUUGCAAGGAAAUCUGGGAAAUGCUGAGCCAACUGCCUCUGUUCGCUGGGGGCGAGAUUGUCCGGGGCUUCGGACGCGGCUCCAAAGAGCUGGGCAUCCCAACAGCUAACUUUCCGCUGGAGGUGGUGAAAUCGCUGCCGGAAUCCCUGCCCACUGGCGCGUACUACGGCUGGGCGAACGUGGAUAAUGGACCCGUGCACAAGAUGGUCCUCAGCGUCGGCUGGAAUCCCUUCUACAACAACAAGGAGAAGAGCGUGGAAACGCACAUGCUGCACGACUUCAACUGUGACCUUUACGGCCAGACACUCAAAAUAUGCAUUGUGGGCUACCUGCGACCGGAGCGCAGUUUCGACUCCCUGGAGUCACUGAUUGCCGCCAUCCGCGGGGACAUCGAGCAGGCCAAAGCGUUCCUCGACGAGGCGGACAAGGCCAAGCUGAAGGAGGCUCCGUACUUUACGGAGAAGCUCUGCUCGUCAAAAUAGCGAUGGCGUAGGUCAGUCUGGAAAAGGAGGCUUCGCUGGAGGACACACUACUAAUCUUCGCACGGCUUGUGCUUCGAAAUAGUUAUUCCAUCAGUUAUCUUAUCUCUGAAUUUGCGCGAUGUACAAAGCGGAAUUCGAAUAUCGAAUCAAGUACUUAAGCUAACCGUUUUCAUUAAAUUCCUACUGCUCAUAAUGACACCAACAAAAUGAACCAAUCGCAUUUCGGUUUGAUACUUAUCAAAUGUAUAAACGAAACUGUUUUUGUAAAAAUGUUCCUGCUGUGCAUUUUUUCUAAUAUAUUUAUCUCUUAAUGGCGUUUUUAUUGACGGAUUGCAGUGAAGUAAUUUGCAAUUUGUAUACACAUGUAGUUAAAUAUUAUUUAUAUAUGUCACGAGUCAAUUAUUUUUGUUAUUUCUGGUUUUAAUUGCUUACGUGUUAAGAAACCCGUUAAAUAUAUAUACAAAUAUAUACAUACAA